AUGCCAUCCCCCUGUGCAGGAUCAGAAUGGGUUGACCCAGAGGACCCCACAGUUGUAGCAGAAAAUGAGCUGCUGGGAGCAGCUUCAGCCAUCGAAGCCGCCGCCAAGAAACUGUCGGAGCUCAAACCUCGACCUAAGGCCAAGGAGGUAGACGAGACCUUGAACUUCGAGGAGCAGAUCCUGGAGGCCGCCAAGUCCAUCGCCGCGGCGACGAGCGCGCUGGUGAAGGCCGCGUCGACGGCUCAGCGGGAGCUCGUGGCGCAGGGCAAGGUCGGAGCGUCCCGGGCCAUGGCGUACGACGACGGACAGUGGUCACAGGGACUCAUCUCUGCUGCCCGUAUGGUUGCCGCGGCGACCGGCUCCCUGUGCGAGGCAGCCAAUGAGAUGGUCCAGGGUCUGGCCAGCGAAGAGAAGCUGAUCUCCUCGGCUAAACAAGUGGCGGCCUCCACGGCCCAGCUGCUGGUUGCCUGCAAGGUCAAGGCUGACCCCGACUCCGAGGCUAUGAGGAGACUACAGCAAGCAGGAAACCGCGUGAAGCAUGCGUCUGAGGAGCUGGUGAAAGCGGCGCAGCAGGCGGCGGCCAUCGAGGAGGAGGAGAGGAACAUCGAGCUCAGCAAGAGGAGGGUACCCACCAUCGCCAUGGAGAUACAGGCACAGGAGGAGAUCUUGAGAAAAGAACGAGAAUUGGAAGAAGCGAGGAAGAACCUGUACAAAAUAAGGCAAGCCAAGUACAAAAACCGGCCCCAACAAGACCAAGACUCUGACGACUGAGCCUCGCACCCCUCCCGGGGGAGUGAGCCAGUCCACUGCUAGGAUUGUUUGUAUAGGUUGGACUGUUCCACUUGGUACUGAUAGGUAGGGAAGGAUGCAAACUUUUUAGAUUUCAUGUUAAGUGCUCUUACUACAACCAUGUAUACGCAACAGAGUUUUUUCCCUAUUCAUGUAUAAUGCCUAGAUUAUAAAUACUAGUAAGCCGCUAAUUUGUUUAAUUGGUAUAAACGAUAAUGAUAUAACGUUCACUGAGAUUCUGUAUACCAACAGAAACAAUGCCUUUCACCCCUGCUGCUGUCUACUGUUACUUACAUAAGAACUAUGCUGUGUAGGACAUCAAGAUUUUGGGA